AUGGUCGACACUCAUCUAGUCAUCUUGGUCCAUGGAGUCUGGGGUAAUUCUUCACAUGUAUCAUAUCUUGAAAAGACAAUUAAUGAAGAAAUUAAACCAACUAAUGGAGAAAAAUUAUUUGUUUAUAAAACUGGUUCACAUUCUGGUUAUCUUACAUAUGAUGGAAUAGAUGUUAAUGGUAAAAGAAUAACUGAUGAAAUAUUAGAACAAACUUCCAUAUUAAAUUCUCAGGGUGAUAAAGUUACAAAAUUUUCAAUUAUUGGUUAUUCAUUAGGUGGAUUAAUUUCAAGAUAUGCAAUUGGAAUAUUACAUAGUAGACAAUAUUUUGAAAAUAUCAAACCAAUAAAUUUUGUAACAUUUUGUACACCUCAUAUUGGUGUAUCAAAUCCUCAAACUCAAAAUUUUUCAGUAAGAUUAUAUAAUAAUAUAGCACCAUUUUUUUUAGCUAUAACAGGAUCACAAUUUUUUUUAAAAGAUAAAGUUGGAGAAUUUAAUAAACCUUUAUUAGUUUGGAUGGCUGAUCAUAAUUCAAAAUUUUAUCAAGCUCUUUCUAAUUUUAAAUAUAAAUCGUUAUAUGCAAAUGUUGUAAAUGAUAAAAGAUGUUCAUGGUUUACGUCAUCAAUAUCAUCAGAUGAUCCAGUUAAUUCAAUGUAUAAUAAAUCCCCUAAAAAUAUUGAAUGUUCAUAUAUUAAAGGUUAUGAACCAAAUUUAAUAGAUUAUCUGAAACCUUUACAUUUUAUUCAACGAGAUACAAAACAAAUUAAUUAUGAUGAAAGACCUCCCAUAGUAAGAUUUUUUUGGAAAACUUUAAAUUGGAUAAAAGUUAUUGGUUCAUUAAUUAUUUAUACACCAUUUUGGGCAUUAUCAUUUUUAAUAUCAUCCAUUUUUCAAAGAAUAAAAUUAAGUUCAAGAUUACGUAAAUUUAAUAAUAAUACAGAUAAUAAAUUAAAUCAUUUAUAUGAAUAUAAUGAAGAUACUUCAUUUUUAACUGAUUUAAGUAAUAAAUUUGAAGAUGAACAAGAUACUUUAGUUGAAGAUAUGUAUAAUGCAAUGAAUUACAAAGUAAGUCAUUCAAAAAUUUUCCCCAAGAUAAAAUUAGAUUCAAAUCAAUCAUUUAUAGUUGAAAAAUUAAAUUCAAUUAAAUGGAAUAAAUAUCCAAUUAUUUUAAGACAUACUACUGCAACUCAUGCUGCUGCUAUUGUUAGACAUGCUGAUCCUAAUUUUGAUGAAGGAAAAGUUGUCGUUGGUCAUUUUAUUGAUAAUGUAUUUAAAUUGGAAUAG